AUGUCUCAGCAGUUCACCGUCCCUCUCCCCACCGCCACUGGCCUCGCCGAGCCUGCUGGUCAACUCAUCAAGGGUGCCACCCAAGACGAUGGCUCUCUCCGCGACGCCGCCCUCCUUCUGGGCAUCAAGCUCGACCUCGAGGCUGAGGUGCACCUGACUGCCCGUGUCAAGGGUGAUGUCGUUGUUGGUCUGUACUAG